AGUUUUGGAAGUUUAUGGUGGAUACUGUUACUACUACUAUUCAAACACCUAUGGUUAUUAUUAUGAAUGUGAUAGUACAACAAGUGGUGGUUCCAUAGCAGGGGCGGUAAUAGGAACUAUCAUUUUUAUAGUCAUCAUUGUUGUAAUAAUUGCUGUGUGUAAAAACCAAAAUAGAACAAGGGUGACAACUAUUCAUACCACCCCUCACACUGGUGGAACAAGUGUUAUCACACAACAGCAGCAACAGCAACAAGCUCCACCACCAAUGAUGUAUGGUCAGUAUCCCCAGCCAGGCGGCGUUAUGUAUAAUCAACCACCAGCGUAUCCGCCACCACAACCAAUCUAUCCCCCACCACAAAGGAACUAUCCACCACCGAAAUACUAACAGUAUAUAAACUACAAGCAAACUAUCAACCAAUAUACAAAUAGUGGUUUUUUGUGAAAAAAAAAUAUAUAUUCCAUAUAAUUUGUUAUCUUAUAUCCUUAAUUGUAUUAUCAACUGAGUGAGACAAUCAUGCCUAGACAAUAAUAUAUUAAAAACUUUUUUCUGUUAUAAAAAUCUGCUGAUUUAAUCAAUUUAAACCACAAACUGAAAUCUAGAUUUUCAUGAUAGCUAAUAGGAAUGUUUGAUGCAUCUGCGACUUCAAAAAUGUUUCAGGAAGGAAGUUUUAAUAUGUAUUGGAUAUUAAUAGAGUUCGACGAAUAGUUACUUCAUAUUUCAGAUUAAUGAGAUGCUGUCGCUAUGAGCAAUCAUAUACAUGUAUCGCAAAUGAAGAAAAUCAAAAAAUGAAAUUGAAAAAAGUACUAAAAAUGUUGACCACUCUGGUAAUUUUUCCCGGAUAUUGUAUUUUAUUCGAUUGUUUGGCCAAAACCUGGUAAAUAUUCACGAUAAAUCUUGUAUAAUCAGUGUCAUGUAUGAUUAAACCUCAUUUUAAAAACAGUAGGUUCUUCAAUUUAGUACUUAACUAUUACUUCUCGUAUAGUUAGCAAAGAUUGAAUCGUCAUCUUUAAAGACUUUAAGAUUGAAAAGGGAAAUAGGGUAUAUAUAAAAAAAGAAGAUGUGGUAUGAUUGCCAAUGAGACAACUAUCCACAAAAUAUGUUUAUAUUUAUGUCCAGGUACUAUCGUUACCGAUAAAAUAUGAAAUCUUACACUAGCAUCUAAGUGUGAUAUAAGGGUACUUUUCAUUACCCUUUGACAUCUUCAAAUUAUUCCGUUUGUCGUCGAGAUUGUAAUGAUUUGCUCAGUGCACCGAUGUUUGUUUUCUGUAUUUGAAAAAAAACAACAUAUAUUGAUGUGAACAUAUAAAAAAUACGAUAACAACUAUUUCGCUCUAACUGAGGUCCAAUGUUCUUAAGCAACUUUCAAAAGAAAAAAAAUAAUGCGUAUUAAAGUGAAAUAUGUGUCUAAGCAAAUGAUUCAAGGCUAUUCAUUCACCAAAACAUAUUAUAUAUAUUAAUGAGUGUUUGUGUAUGUUACGCAUAUACAAACUUAAAGUUCAAUAAACCUUUUGUGAUAUUUGAUAUUAUCUAUACUCCGGUUUUUAAAGAACUUGACAAAAUUACACAAACUAUAAUUAUUUAGAAGUUAUUUGCAAUUUAAAUUCAGUCUAAAGUAAAAGAGAGAAAAAUAUGGAUCUUCUACGCCGUAUUUUGUACUCAGCUCUUCUGAAUUUGAUAUUCAGUGUUUUGGAAGUUUGUGGUGAAUACUGUUACUACUACUAUUCAUACACCUAUGGUUAUUACCGAUCAUGUGAUAGUACAACAAGUGGUGGUUCCAUAGCCGGGGUGGUAGUAGGAAUUAUUAUUUUUAUAGUUAUCAUUGUUGUUAUUAUUGCUGUGUGUAAAAACCACAACAGAACAAGGGUGACAACUAUUCGUACCCCUCACACUGGGGGAACAACUGUUAUAACACAACAGCAGCAACAACAAGCUCCACCACAAAUGAUGUAUGGUCAGUAUCCGCAACCAGGUGGCGUUAUGUAUAAUCAACCACCAGCGUAUCCGCCGCCUCAACCAAACUAUCCACCACCGCAAGGCAGCUAUCCACCACCGAAAUACUAACAAGAUAUACACAGUGUUUUAAGUUCAUACACUACUAUUUCUUUAUUGUGAAAAAAAUGUAUAUGCCUCAUAUUUUUUUUUUUAUCUCAUAUCCUUAAUUAUAUUAUCCUGUAUGUAAGACAUACAUUCCUAGAAAAUUAUAUAUAAUAAAUGUACUUUGUAAAAUUGAUAAACUGUUUUUCUGUAAUAAAAACCUGGUGAUGUAAAUGUAAAGUACUUCGAAAUUUUGAUAUCAAAUUAGAUAUUUAUAACAUUCGUCGAGUAGUUACUUAUUAUUUUAGAUUAAAGAGGUGUCAUCGUUUUGAGCAAUGAUAUAUCGCAACAGAAAGAAUCGAAAAUGAAAUUGAGAUAAGCACUGAAAAUGUGAUACUUUUUCCUGGAUUGAGGAUAAGUUAUAUUAGUGAUAUUUUAUUCGAUUGUUAAACGUCAAUGCGGGCAAACAUAAGAACGAAAUGGAUACCGAACGAUUAACAAUACGUAUUCUAUAUAUUGUUAAAGUAUUGGCAAGUACAGAACACUCACAAAGCUGUUUUAAAUGGGUUGUCUUAAGCAUAAUAAAAUGUUUGUGGUACUUUCUUUUA